AUAAAACUGAGAAUUGCACAAAUUAUGCGAAUUAUAUGAUGUUAUAUUGUUAUCCAUAAAUUAUUUAUUGAAUUUGACGUAUAUUAUUUUUAUAAUGCCUUAAUGCCUAGCUAAUUAAAAUAAUAAACUAUACAGGCAAAGUCGUAGGUGGACUGGUGAAGCACCGAGUGCCACCUUUGAAGUAGAGGAUGUUUUUAAUACGAUCAUAAUUGCGUUUGGAAUGAAAUAUAAUUAUUAUUCAACCCUUAUAAUCCGAGCUUAUCAUUAGAAAUUAAUAGUUUAUACAUUUUCCUAUUGAACAUAGAAUUUAAAUAAAUUAUACAUUUCUAUACUUUCUAGGUUUGUAGAUAUUGCUUUUGCUUAUUUCGGUUUUGUAAAUAACUGUUUAUUUUUCUGUAAUAAAUGUAUCUUAAAAAUGUAGUUAAAUUUUAGUGUCAGAAAAUUACAAUUUAGAAGGAAUUAAGGUCGAUUCGCACUAUACGGAACGUCGACGUCACGGCACAGACCGGCAACGACACGUCAAAAAUAUAAUACAUUCGCAUCUAUCGGUAACGUCACGGAAACGCCAUCAAUCCGUUCAGUCCAUUCUGUUAGGUUAUAUUAGGUCUUAUACAUUCUGUGUUUUCAAUUUUGUUUUUUAAAUAUUCGAAUUUGUACCAUGCCUAAGUUCAAUAAAAAACAACUAGCGAUGAUCGCCUUAAUUUUGGACGACGAAGAAAAAAAUUGUAAUCGAACUAAGAAAAAUUGGGUGCGGAAAAUGUUCACUGAGAGGAAAUUCGUAGGAGAAUUUCAUACAUUAUUCAAAGAAUUAGAAGAUGAAGAAAUUUAUUUUUAUAAAUACUUAAGAAUGUCACAAAGUCAAUUUUAUGUCCUUUUAACUAAAAUUCAACCUAAAAUUCAAAAACAAAACACUACAUUUCGAGAAGCAAUAAGUCCCAAAGAAAAAUUAAUGGUCUGUUUAAGGUUUUUAGCGACUGGUGAUUCGUUUCAAACUAUAUCAUUUAGUUAUCGGCUGGGGCAUUCGACUGUUCAUUACAUUGUUAAAGAAGUAUGCAAAGCUAUAGUAGACGAAUUGUUAGCAGAAGUGAUGCCACAACCAAAAGAAAAAGAUUGGGAAAAAAUUUCUGAUGACUUCUGGAAAAUGUGGAACUUUCAUAAUUGCUUAGGAGCGUUGGAUGGGAAACACGUGGACAUUUUUUGCUCCUCCGAACAGUGGUUCCCAAUAUUUUAAUUACAAGAAAACUUUUUCAAUAAAUUUGUUAGCUUUGGUUGACGCAAAUUAUAAAUUCAUUGCUGUAGACGUAGGAUCCUACGGUAAGAAUAGUGAUGGUGGAAUAUUUGCUAAUUCAAAUUUAGGAAAAGCGUUGGAACAAAAUAAACUUCAUGUCCCAAAAGAUAAAAAUCUUCCCGGAACUCAAUGUCCAGCGCCAUAUGUCAUUGUGGCAGAUGAGACAUUUCCCCUAAAAACAUAUUUAUUAAGACCUUAUCCUGGUUCUAUAAAUUAAUGAUGAUAUACAGAAACAAGUAUUCAAUUAUAGAUUGUCAAGAGCUAGGCGCGUAUCCGAAAACGCAUUCGGAAACUUGGUGCAAAAAUUUCGAAUCUUUUUUCGAAGUAUAAAAUCUUUACCCGAAAAUGUUGACAAUAUAGUAUUAACUACUUGUAUUUUGCAUAAUUAUAUCAAAGAUAAUGUUUUAAUUAAUCAACAUUUAGAUCCACCAGAAUGUGAACCUAAUUGGGGACGUAUACAUAGGCAAGGUGGAAAUGCCCUUAGUACUGCUUUUAAUGUGCGUGAAACAUAUAAACUUUUUUUUAACUCUGAAAAUGGAUCAUUACCAUGGCAAAGAGAUAAGUUUACGUAAAAUGCACAAAUCAAAGCCGUAAAAGUAAAAUUAAGUACCUAACAAUAAGUAAUAAUAGUUAAAUUAAAUUAAAUUAAGUUUAUACCAGUUG